CAGCUCCCCACCACUCUCCUGCUGGCGAUCGACCCUCAACCCAAUUGUCCGUUCUUUGAACUGAUCGGUUGCCUACAGUUAAUUACUCACGAGGCCAAUAUCUUUACUUGCUACUUUGGUUAUUACAUCUCGCUCAGGACACGUCAACCGCGUGCGUCUCUCAGGCUCGGGCUAGACGCGAAUCCCACUUACCGACAGGGCCUGUUUGUGACGAUCGAAGACUGCCAUACCCGCGCCGAAUCGUUUCGAUAUACAGCGCCCUCAUGAACAUCCUCGGGGAGUAACGCGUCUGCAGUCCUUCCAGAACCAUGUACCUUCCGCGUUCUCUCAUCUCGAAGCUCUAUGUCCACUUACAGAACACGCGCCAUCCGCUCUCACCACCGGUCCUUAUCCUUGUUGCUCUCGAGCCCGAUGCACUAUGCGCCUGCCGUAUACUCACGCGCCUGUUCAAGCAUGACUACAUCCCGCACAAGAUCCAGCCCGUGGCUGGCUACGCCGACCUGGAACGCGUCGGCAGGGAACUCGUGGCUCCCAUGAUGGAGAAACGCGGUGGUGCUGGCGGGGUCGUUGUCUGUCUGGGCGUGGGCGGCAUGGUUGACUUGGGGAGCGUCUUGGGGUUGGAACCCGAAGGCGAAGAGAACACGUUCAGCAAGGUCGAGGUGUGGCUUGUCGAUUCUCAUCGUCCAUGGAACCUCAGCAACGUCUUUGGGGGGUUUCCACUGGAGCCGCAGACUGAUGAUGCGUCCACCUAUGCGAGCCGGUCUCCGGCUGGCGUGAAAGGCGGGUGCAUUGACCGUGCAUACCAUCCUGGAAAAGGCGGCAUUGUCGUGUUUGACGACGGCGAUAUUGAAGAGGAGUUGGGCAAGGAACGAGAUGCGUACCUCGCGCUAGUGGACAUGCCGGAUAUUGAAGAUGACGGGGAGGACUUGGGCGACAGCGAUGACGACGCCUACAGUGACAAUGACGACGCUGGAGUCGCUGCGUCGCUGCCCCGACCGAGCCAAAAGCGCAAGUCAUGGGACUUAUACGACGCAGAAGAUGAUAGUGAGGACGAUGGCCGUCCUCGGCAGCGGCGAAGGAGCAACUCGUCUACUCCCAUCACAGAUUCACCGCGGCGCCCAGCACAGCGGGGUCUCAUAUCGCUGAGAGACGAAGCUAUCUUUUCCAGCGACGCUCUGGAACCCCCAACUGCCGCUCAGCCCCCUAAAGUGCCAUCAGCUAGGACGUUGAGGCGGAGACUCCUGCGGCUACGGCGCGAAAAUGAGAGUGUGCUGAGAGACUACUACCAGUUAGGCGCUUCGUACUCGGAACCCAUCUCUUCCAUGAUGUACUCCCUCGCCUCGGAGCUGGGCCGAGAAGACAACGACCUGCUGUGGUGGGCGAUUGUUGGAGUCACCUCAAUGGAGCUGUACGGGCGGUCCUCGGCCGGCAUCGCCGUGCCUGUUCGCAGCUCCGAGCCUCGACCAGCGUCGGGCUGGUUGGGGCUGCGCGGAGCAAGGAUACGACAGCUCCUACGGGACGAAGUUCGACGGUUGAACCCCCCCGAGGUAGCCAACGGCCGGGCACUUCCCGAGAACACGGGCAUCAUCCCGACCACAGCGCGCAGCCCGGAGGAUACCAGCAUUCGCUUGUCCCCCGAACCAAAGUUCCUGCUUAUUAGGCACUGGAGUCUCUACGAUAGCAUGCUGCACUCACCCUACCUCUUCUCCCGCCUCAAGACGUGGAGCGAAACCGGCCUUAAGCGGCUGCACAAGCUCCUGGCCAAGAUGGGUGUCAGCCUGGUACAGUGCAAGCAGAGCUACACCCACAUGGAUAUGAUGCUCAAGCGAGAGCUGCGCACCAAGCUGCUCAAAUACGCCUCGCUCUACAACCUCGACGAACUGGUCCCGACCAUGGACACGGAUGGCAAAGACCGCGGCGGUGCCAAAGACGGAUGGGGUUUUGUCCGCAGCUGGGGGUGGCGGGCAACGCUAAGCGCGCAGGACGUCGGCGUCGUCAUUGGCGCGCUCCUCGAGGUGGGCAAGAACGCGCCCACCAGUCCGGACGGCCCCGGACCCGUUACCCCCUCCCAGCAACAGCCCAUCAACCUCGACGGCGACCCGCAGCAGCACGAAUCUCCGAGCGAUGAGUGGCUCCCCCGGUUCUGGGAAGCCUACGACGCCCUCGAAGACAUCGAAUCCCUCAAGGCAGGCCUACCCACGGCGCAGUUCCUCCACAAAGCCAUCUUCACCACGGGCACCACCCUCCUGAAGAAGAAACAAAUAUCACACCUUCGCGCUUUCCGCAUGUGUGUCGUCAAAGACUCUCCGCACUCAGCGCUCUUUAACCAUCCGGGGGCGCUGACCAAGCUUGCGCUAUGGAUCGGGGAAGCGCUCGCCGAACAGGAGAAGGACGCCACGGGCGGCAAACUAGCGCAGGGCGGCAGGGGCACUCCGCUCGUCGUGGCCAGUCUGGACGAGAAGAGGGGCGUGUAUGUGGUGGUGGGCACGGGAGGCGGCGGCGGGCCGGAUACGGCCUUUUUGAAUCGCGAGGCGGCCAAGAAGAAGGCCAAAGAAAAGGAGCAGAGGGAGGAGAGGCGGCGGGCAAGGGAAAAGAUCAGGGAGGAGAAGAGGGCCGCACGGAGGGAGCGGAAAGCGGAGCGGGGUGAUGCGGAUGACGAUGAGGGUGAGGAAGAGGAAGAGGAUGACGAAGAGGAGUCCUCUGACGAGAGCGAAGACGGGGAGGGCGACGGGAGUGAUGACGAGGACGACGAUGAAGCCCACGAGCGAGGGUUUGGGCUCAACAGAUUCGGCACAGCAUUCCAAGAAGUGGUGGCCGAGACCAACGCAAGGGUGCGGAUCGACAGCUUUGAGCAUUGCGUGGUUGAGGUCAAGAAGGAGGAUUUAGGAGGUUUCCUGGAGAGCCUGAGUAUGAAGGCUGUUGUUGGGUGAGCUAGAGUUUGGGGACUUCCCUUGUUGCAUGGGUCGCGAGUGGGUGGGUGGCUGGUGGACUGCAGGGUAUAUCGGGCGUGUGGGAAGCGUGUUUCUGUCUACCCCUGUUGGACUUAUAUCCCUUUCUUCUUUUCCUGCACCGCUAAAGAGGCAUGAUGAUGAUACGAGGCAGGCCGGCAUGGGAAGUGUAGAGUUUACUUUGAUGUUAGUGUAUAUAUGGUACAGCACGCAUUGCUAAGUAGGUAUUUUUGCUGUUUGGUCUUAUGGAGUGGAACAGGCAUUGCUAGGGCUAU